AUGCACCGAGGAACCUCAGACUUAGCAACAAGUUCUACCUAUUCUGGCCCCAGAGCUAGGAGCCAGAAGGCGGGCGGGUGGGGUGAGUGGGAGGAGCAGGCUGGGCUCUGCACAUCUGCUACUCCACUCAACCCAGCUCAGGCACCUGCAGACCAACCAGAGCUGGCAGCAACCUCUACCUCCUUUGCUUUCAAGAGACUUGGACUUGGAGCAGAACCCAGGGAGGUCCGCGCAGAGCCAUGGGCAGCCGUGUUUCUCGGGAAGAUUUUGAGUGGGUCGACACGGAUGAGCCGCAUGCGCAGAGGAGACGGGAGAUCCUGGAUUUCCCACAAUUUCCCCUUUGGCCACCACAAGGCCCUGUGGAACCGCUGGUUUGGAAUAUUUACUAAUCUCCCUUUUGGUAUUCCAUUUUCAAUUUCCUAUAAAAUGUAUCACAUAGAUCACCAUCGGUACCUCGGGGCUGUUGGCAUUGAUGUGGAUGCGCCUUCUGACUUUGAGGGCUGGUUCUUCUGCACCACUUACAGGAAGCUUUUAUGGCUUGUUUUCCAGCCUUUUUUUCUUUUACUUCGACCUUAUUUCAUCAACCCCAAACCAGUCACUAAUUUGGAAACUAUCAAUAUUGUGGCCCAGAUCACUUUUAACAUUAUAGUUUACUAUGUUUUUGGAAUUAAAUCUUUAGUCUACAUGAUGGCAGCCUCCCUACUUGGCUUGGGUUUGAACCCAAUUUCUGGGCAUUUUAUAGCUGACCACUACAUGUUCUUAAAGGGGCAAGACACAAACUCAUAUUAUGGGCCUCUCAACUUUUUCAUGUUUAAUGGAGGCUAUCACAAUGAACACCAUGACUUCCCCAAUAUUCCUGGAAGCCGUCUUCCACAGGUGAGGAAAAUCGCAGCUGAGUACUACGAUGAGCUACCACAUCACACCUCCUGGGGGAAGGUGCUGUAUGACUUCAUGAUGGAUAACACAAUGAGCCCCUACUCGAGGAUAAAGAGGCCCCGGAAAGGGAACGAGGUUCUAAGUCAAUGA